AAACUUACGCAAAACGCAUGCGUCAAGGUUCGUCGCAGGCCCAAGUGCAUCAUGGUUUCAACGGCAGCCAUUUAUAACACGGAGUUGGGAUUUCAGUCUGCUUGAAAGAGGGAAAAUGUCAAUCUUUCAAAACUUUCUCACGCGUUAUUUGCCAACGGUGAAGGCUUCCGACGAGGAGCUAGUCGACCCACAGAAGCAGCUCAGGGAGGAAUGCGGCGCACUUCCAAAGUGUGUCAAUCUUCAGGAGAAACUCAACACUUGCAAUGAUCGUGUGAAUUCAAAGAAAAAGACGGCGGAAACUUGCUUAGAGGAAUUAUUAGAUUACCUGCACUGUGUAGAUCACUGUGUAGCGAAGACCCUCUUUACAAAACUCAAAUAAUCGAUGAAACUACAAUCGAGUUAAUCACAACAUUAAUUAGCUCCCGCAUCGUAACUAGUUCUACUCGCCAUGUUGUAAAUACAGUUAAAUAUUAUAAAUAAAGAGAAACAGAUAUGUAGAA